GUUUGGACGCAAUAACAUUUCUCCAUAUAUGCAUGGUAGCUAAUUUUUUGAAUCGGACCAUUCUGGAUCCUCUAUGUUUUCCAAUAUUGUCACUGCGGCAAAGGGUCUAUUUACUCGACAGGAUACCGACAAAUCGCAAUCGAAGAAAUCUACCACUACCUCAUCCGACAACGUAAUCGCUAGCAAAUCGAAGAUGGUCACAACUAGGCGGCGCAAGAUUUCCGAUGUUGCUGCAGAAGAGGAACCUGAGAUCAAUGGACAACAGGAGGUGAACGGAAAGCGCAAAUCCGGGCCAGCCGGUUCUGGGAAGACGGAAACCCAGCGCAAUAAACGGAGAAAGCGAGCCAGUCUUGAAGCCGCAGAAAGUGAGAGCGGGACUCCCGAAGAGCCUUUAGACGAUGCCCAAGAAACGGAUUCCAAGCAGGAAGAGGGAAAAUCGGCACCUGCUCCGAAGAAGCACUUCAGAUUUGAUAGCGAAGAACCUGAGGUACCGUUGGAUAUACAGAUAGAGGAAACAGCAGAGACGCAACAGGCAAAGGAGGACAGCGGCGAUGACAGCAGUGAUGAUGAUGAGGCUCCUGAAGCGGUUGAUAACUCGGCGCAGUUAUCUAAGGUUAGAGCGCAGGCUAAGAAAAUGGAAAAGGCCAAACAAUUAGAAGAAGAAUUAAAGCGCGAGAAGAGAAGGCAGUUGGAUGAGCUGCGUAAAUCACAAGCGAAAGUUUCGAAAAAGAAAGACAAGCCAGUUGAUGAUCUGCCAUCCGAAAGCACGGAGACACUCCAGGGCUCUAAUACACAAGAUGCCCGGCGAUCGGCUCUGCCAGCGCUUCUUCCAGACGAUAUUUUGAAUGCGGCUCCUGUUACACGACCACCCACUCCACCCGCAGAAGGAAUAAACCUUGCUCACAAGAAGCCAACCAAGUUGAAAUUCCUGGAAAAGUCCGAGAAGCGCCCCAAGGAUGUGAAGAUGGGCGACGUGACGAUUCGGGUAUUGGGUGAUAUUCCACAAAAGAGAGCCAAAUCGGCUCUGCCCCCGAAGGCCUCGAAAUCCGGUCGGAAUAGUAAACAGACUUGGCUCGACCGGAGUCGCAGUACUGGGCAUGUGAAUGGUCUGAGACGGACAGCCGGCGGUUCCUCCGGAUUUGUACGCAAGUAAACGGCCUUAUCUUUGCCAUCGAGCGGCUCGGCGGUGGCUAGCAGUUUUUAAUCCAAGAUCAAGAGCGAAUUGAACCAAUUGUCCCUCCGAUCACUCUCGAGAAUCAUCUCAGGAAUGGCAACUAAUGCCUUUCGCUUCUCUCUGUAUAUCGCCACACCAAUUUCGAGGGAUUGGUUUCGCAUCCUCCGCAAUGUGCAAGGUCCAAGCAGGUCUUGCUCCCAGGAGUAGGUUACAGAGUGAAGGAUACACAGCAAGCAAACUUCGAUCAUGCAGCUGGAUUUGACUUCAAAAAGUCCCGAAUUUCCUGUAUAGACAUAUAAUGUUCUACGGUAGAUAGUUAUUAAGUGUUGUCUAGGCGUCUGAGUAUUGGGUACAAGGCGCUUGCAAAAAGUGG